AUGUCACGCGACGUAUUUGCCCUUCUUAAAGCUCUGAACGGUACUAAGCCCACGACAAAGGCUAAAACGUUAGCCAGUGGUGCUGGUGGGGAGAAACCUAAGAAGGAGAUCGGUCCAGUGACACUUCUUACCAACAACACUUCUAAAUCUAAAUGGAGUGUUAAGGGCAGUCAUCUUAUUUCAAAGACUCCAAUAGAUGGUCUUACUGGAAAUUGGAGCCUGACGGAAAUCCGAGUGGCAGCAUUUGAUCUAGACAGCACUCUUGUGGAGACAACACCGGGUCAGAAAUUCGCUCGUCAUGCUGGGGAUUGGAGAUGGUUCAAUAAGUUUUUGAUCCAUUUCAUCGUGCUUCAAGACUCCUGUCGGUGCUUGUGCCAGUGCCGUUGA